AGGCGUCAUCAUUUUACUGUUGUUGUGGCUGCAGACCCGUGAAGCGACGAAUGAGUCAGCAGAGUAGGCACUUCCUAUAUAAUCAAAAGGUGAAACGAGAUCUUUUAAAAACAAUCAAAUCGAUUAUUUUUUACGAGCAAGGAAAUGGCAGUUCCUGCUGUCCCGAAAAUGCAAUUGAACAACACAGUAAGUCAAAACUCCCCAGAACAUAACAUCCAUAUUGACGAAAGAGAAUUGGAGAACAUCACGAACAACGAUGGAAACGGCACUCUCCCAUUACAUUCUCCGUGGACUUUUUGGCUUGAUAGAUCUUUACCAGGAACAACCGCAGCAGAAUGUGAAUCAGGUCUGAAAAAAAUCUACACUGUGCAAACAGUUCAGAGCUUUUGGAGUGUGUACAACAAUAUACCUGGCGUGUCCAGCCUACCACUGAGAUGUAGCUAUCACUUAAUGAGAGGGGAGAGAAGACCACUCUGGGAAGAAGAGAGUAAUGCGAAGGGGGGAGUUUGGAAAAUGAAAGUACCCAAAGAAAGCACUCCUGCUGUAUGGAAGGAGUUACUGUUGGCCACUAUUGGGGAGCAAUUCACUGAUUACUGUGCUUCAGAGGAUGAGGUGGUUGGCGUUAGUGUAAGCGUUCGAGACAGAGAAGAUGUUGUUCAAAUCUGGAAUGGAAAUGCCUUUUUUGCUAACGAAGCAAACAUCCUAGGAAGGAUCUAUGAACUUCUUCCACAGAUAACUUUUAAAGCAGUAUUUUAUAAGCGUGAGUACUUUAAAUCUUGUAUGACAUUCACAUGCCAUGAUAAAAUCAAGAGUAGAGUAUGUGCUAAUCCACUCCAUCAAAACAACGUUACUCUUCCCUUACUGUUGUCAUGAGAACCUUGAUAAUAGUGUCUGAUGAAUGAGCCUACUCUAUUUCAGCACAUGAGGAGCACCAUGCCUUUGAAGGAGGUCGCCCAAGACAUUAGCACGCUUUGCACAUUUGACACUUUGUUGUUUUUGGUCUGAGCUCUACUGUCUUUUGUAAAUGUGAUAUAUAAUUACUUCAGUUUGGGCAGACAGAACAUUUUAGGAUGACUGAUACAUGUUCAUUAGUGUUUGUUUUUUAUACAAAGAUAUUUAGCUAAACCUGAAGAGGACAAUAGAUUCUAGAAUGGAGAGUAUUUUUCUCAAGCCAGUAUUAUUCAUAAAGUUUUAUUCGAAAAUGUUGCACAUUCUACAUUUGUUUGUUUGUUGGAAGUUUUUGUUGUUUUUGGCGGGUGGGGGAAAGAAAGCUGUUAACUUUUACUAGUUGUUAAAUUUGUUAAAUGACACCCAACUUUUUUACAAAAACAAAAUCACCACUCUGUGUGGUACCAAAUAAAUGCUAUAGUUUAGUUUACCCUGAGUGUUUUGGUAAUAGCAGUGGGUCAUUGUACAAACACACUCAAUUGUUGUUUCUGAAAUGAACAACAGGCCUUUUUCGUUAUUACUGUAAUGAACACGAUUGCUAUUACAGUAUCUUCACUUCACUAAUGCUGAUUUCUAAGUUCUGCACUCGUUUAUUAUAAGCUACAUAGUUGUGGUUUAAUCAAGGAAUAUAGACAACGCCUAGAUGGGGAUCAGUUUUCUGAAGAAGAGAUAUUGCACAUAUCAAUUGUUACCCUUACCUGACUGAAGCAUAUCAUUAACAGAGAAAAGUUUAUAAUUUUUUUUCUUUAUUUUCCACUUUUGUGUUUAUUAUAUUUCUAUCAUGAAUAUUAUUCUCAUUUAAGUCCUACAAACUUUAAAAGAAAACCAUUUUGAAAUUUAAAAAACGGUAUGAUGUGUGAACCAUGCUUUGGGUUGAAUGAGUACUUAUCUUUACCAAAGACCUUUCUAACCCUCUCUCUCUGUCACGUGCAUGCGCAUGUUCCCUGCCAAGCUUUAUACAUUUUGUAACCUGUUGGUUGUAAUUGACAUCAGAUAAGGUCUCUGUAGUUUAUUGAUGACAUUCUCUGUGACUCAGGUCAUCCAUGUUCAAACACUAAGCACAUUAAUUAGUGACGUUUUUGUAGAAAUAAUAAUCUUACAUAAUGUACUGGACUUUCAUGCAGUUUUUACUAUAGCUCCCAGUCAAGGUGAGAUCUCAACCUGUUGUUAAUCUCUGGAAUGGUGCCUUGUGUUUUCCUUGGAUUUCAGUCUUGAAAGUUGUUUAUUUUUAACAUAUUGAACCAGUGAAAAUGUAAAAUCAAUAUUGUUGCCGAUAGAUUUUGAAAUGUUGAAAAAAUAAAAUGCAAAACAAUCAUGCCUUGUUA